GAUUGCAAACUGUUGAAAUACAGAUUCAAAUCCGACAACGAAAAUCUUAAAUAAUAAUGAAGUGCAAGCUCAAUUAUCUGGUGGAGAGCACGUGGGACUUUCGAUACCUCAAGGCCAAAUGUAAAGAGCUCGGCUUAGAAGGUGAGUUUAAGGCUUAUCAGAUACGACUCUUCAGGAGUUUCGUUGGCGUAUUCUGCGUACUUCAUGUUCUCGUUACAAUUAUUCAUUGUGUAUUGAUAUCGACAUUGAGUGAGCAAAAGAAGUAUCUACACAUUGACGUUGGUGUAUAUAUAGGAAGCUGUUUGAUGCUUUUACUCAUUCUGAGCAUAAAUUUCUGGGAGAAACUAACUGAAAGGCAUACGUGGAUAAUGCUUGUCAGUUCUACAUUGGCCUGUAUGACUUUGGUGACUGCAGAUCUGAGCCAGAGCCUAUACCAUCAUUUUCGCAAUGGCUGGCAGUGUGGCUCGUUCUACGACACAUAUAUCCAGUACAUGAUCUACUUAUUCCUGCCGAUCCUGUCCACCAAAUGCGCCAUUCUGUUGGGUUCUAUAGUCACUCUCAUGUAUUUUAUUAUCUACGCGAAAAUCAUGUCCUCUAGAAUAGAUGAGAAAGAAUCGACCUUGGGUGACAUUUCCCUAGAACUUCUCCACGGUCUGUGCACAAAUCUCCUUGGCAUUUAUUGGCGUUUCCUUAAUGAAAUGGUGGUGCGAUCCUCAUUCAUAGAUCGCCACCAAUUUAUUAAGGAAGAGUUUAGUUUACGCAACGCAAGGCGCCAGGAGAAACUCCUGCUGGACAGUAUCCUGCCCUCUCAGUUUUCAGAGCUCUUGCAAAAGGACAUUAAGAAACGGAUCCUUAUAUCUAAGCGUUAUUCCUCUGGACCAACUGAAAAUAUGUACGCCUUUAAACGUUCCAUGGCCAUCCAAACCCAUUCAGAUGUCAGUAUUCUGUAUGCAGAUGUGGUGAACUACACCUACCUGACAACGACAUUAACCGUGGAGAAGCUAGUGACCACCCUGCAUGACCUUUAUGCCAGAUUUGACCUUGCUGCCCAACGGUACAGUGUGCAGCGUAUCAAAUUCUUGGGAGAUUGCUAUUAUUGUGUGUCGGGCUUAGCGGAUGCGGAUCCCGAUCAUUCGAAUAAUGCAGUGGCUUUGGAUUCCAUGAUUGCUCACAUGCAGGAAGUGCGUGAAUCACAAGAGUUGAAUAUAAAUAUGCGCAUUGGCGUUCAUUCUGGCAGCUUGUACGCCGGGGUAAUCGGUGAAGCAAAACUUCAAUAUGAUGUUUGGGGACUGGAUGUCACAAUUGCAAAUGUCCUUGAAUCUACUGGCGUUCCAGGUGCUGUGCACGUUAGCAGCGCCACUAUGAGAAAUCUUACGGUUAGUCACUACAUAAUUGAGAGCGGUCCAGAAAAGGCAAAGAACGAUCCGAUUUUACAAAAAUAUAGAAUUAGCACAUACCUAAUAGUAUCUUUGCAAAUGAUGUCAUCGAGUUUGAGUCCUCUUCGCGACAUAAACGCCGAAUCCGGCACUCAAAUGAUAAAACGGUUGAGCACCUUUUUCAAUGAGGAAUUGCAUGAAGAGUAUCGAAAGAUGCCAGUCAUAAGAUUUGACUUAAAGACACUUUACGAUUGGUUGCUUAGAAAGGAAACUAGACAUAAGUUAAGUAAGCAAAUGGACUGCUGCCUGACCUUCUAUUCAUCGGAUCUGGAGAAAGCCUAUUUGAAACAAAUUGAUUAUUUAUUUAAAUACCACAUGCUAUUGGCCUGGUUCGCUGGAACUUCCCUAAUAGUCGUGGAAAUAUUGAAUGGUUCGGAUAUAUGCAUAUAUUGCUAUAUUCUUGACGCUUUUGUAUUUCUGUCCCUGACUGCUCUGGGCUUUAUUUCGUGGUACAAACAGUUUUGCUGGUUGAUAUAUGACAAGAGCAAAAAACCGCACACGUAUAACCGUUUCAGUUGUACUAUUUUCCGGAUUCAUGAGAAAAUCCAGGAAAAUCUAACCGUUCGCAUUUGCACAUACCUGUUUGUAAUAUCAUUGAAUUGGAUUCUAGUCAUUUUGAUUACGAUGACCUGCCACUUUGAGGAAUUCAUCUUGAAAUUUAUCGAGGAGAGGAUCUAUCGUUAUGAAAGUAGAAAAAUAUGUUUUCUACCAUGGGUUUCCACCGAUAUGAUAGCCCUGAUGAUUAGCAUGUCCUUCACCUUCAGUCACAUUCCGUUCCUGCUGAAGACCUCAAUAGCCCUGGCACACAUUUUUAUUUAUUUCAUAUUCAUUUUCCUGCAGUUUGAUUUCGUUUUCCAUCACAGCAUCACUACGAAUCCCUACUUUCCCGCAGAGUAUUCCCAUGCUUUCAUAAUAAUAGUUACUUUUACCAUAAUGUAUCUGAAGGCCCGGCAAACUGAGUUUUCCAAAAAGGUUAACUUUCACUGGCGCGUCGAGUUGGAAAAGAAGCAGAAUGAUGCCCUAAUAACCAAUCAAUCUAUCAUUAUUCUACUGAAUAAUAUUCUUCCCAAUCAUGUUGUCGAUAUCUAUCUUAGCUCAUUAUCCCACAACGAAUUGUAUUAUGAAAGUUAUAAAAUGGUAUCAGUCAUGUUUGCCAUGUUAUCGAAUUUUCAAAUGGAUAUGCACAGUUUACGGAUACUAAAUGAGGUUAUUACACAGUUUGAUGUACUGUUAUUGUACUACAGAGAGUAUUAUGUGGUUGAGAAAAUCAAAAUUGUCAAUUGCACAUAUAUGGCAGCCUGUGGCUUGGAUAUUAACUUUGCUGGUACCACCAGUAAGCCAUUGAGACCGGGAUCCAUAGACGAAGAAAAGCGCUUGCACCAGGUUAACACUGGGGACAGCGAAGAAGUGGUUUACGUGAUGGCUUCUUUUGCUCUGGAUCUCAUGCGAACCUUGGCUAACUGCAACAAGGCCUACAAUGGCAUUAUCCAGGAGUUCAACAUAAUGGAUGGAAUGAUAACAAUUGGAAUAUCCAGUGGUGAAAUAAUGGCUGGCAUCGUUGGUGCCUCAAAGCCGCACUAUGACAUCUGGGGUGAUCCAGUGAAUAUGGCAGCGAGAAUGGAGAUGACAGGUCUUUCGGGUCACAUCCAAGUAACGGAGGAGUCUGCAAAUAUACUCCAAUCUUUUGGCAUUAAGGCCAAUUACCGGGGACUGACCUUUGUGAAGGGUCGAGGUUUACUUCCUACAUACUUUCUGGGUAUCGAUGAGAGCUACAAUUUCAUACGUAUUAAUGCAGACCGGAAGCCUAAUCAUUCGAUUCGAAGUACAUUUAUUUCAAUGGAGAGCCACCUCUGAUCCAGGGAAUGACACGUACUUUCCAUUGAAAGCAUAAUUAAUGAUUUUACUACGCCUAUCCAUUAAGAGUGUCGAAAGCAAAAGCAUGGCAACUGAAAAUUAACAUCAAAAUCAGAAGCUAAGUUGAUUUUCGCUCUUGACUCUCCAUCUCCAUUUUCCCUUUUCCAGUUUAAUUGAAUUAAUCCCAAACCAUGUUCAAAUUCUGAGUGCCUACCGAUUCGAAGAAAGAACCCUUUUCGCACGUGCAAUUAACAGACAUUUUUACAAGCAAUUUGGAAAAUAUGAUGGCGCUGUCAGACCUGUGCAAUGUGAUCGCCUGCCACUACCUCUCCCUUUGAUGCUGAUGCUGAUGAUGAUGAUGAUGAUGAUGAUGAUGGUGAUGCUUGUCAUUGUUUGCUGUAAUUGACGAGUCCACGCUGAAGUGAAACAUCAAAAAAGCAAUACGACAGCACGAAAAUACAAAUGUACGAAAAUUCGCGUUAGACAAACAGGCAUUUCCGGGAAAAAGGCCCCCGAGGACACCCUCUGCAUUCCCGUGUGUCCUUUUCCGCACUGAAUCGAGUUGUUUUAUCCGCACGGACACGGUCCAAUGUUCCUUUGACAUGUAAAACGCUUCACGCUCUCUCAUCCAAAUGAAUAUCCACGACAAAAACAAAAAA